AUGGAGCAACAACGACGCGAGCGAGCACGUCUUGAUGCUUUGCAAGUGGGGUCUCCCUUCCCACAUCCUUGGUGGACAGCAUUCGCAUUGGUGGGUCCAAGCCCUAGAUGUCUUGAUGAAUGGUUGAUUAUUGAAAUUUCUCUGUCAAUCAGAGCCAAACCAGAGUGGAAAAGGAAAUAUAAGGAUAAUGCCAUAGUUUCUAAAUGGAAACUGGAAAUUAAAGAACAAUGUAAGGACAAGACAAAUUAUAUUGACGAAGUUAUUGAAUACGUUAUUAAGGAAUUGGAGUGGUAUGAGGAAAUUGAGUCGCGUUUUAUGGGUACUUCUGGGUUUGAAGUUGGAUUCAAUGAGUAUAUCCUGACCUCGGAUACUACUAUUACCACUGAAAUGAAAGAGAAAUUGAAGAAGGAAGUUCUGUUGUUAGUUGAAUCAUUCGGCGAUGAUUUGGAUUACCAUCCUGGUUCCGACGACAAGGUGUUAGAUUUGGUCCAUCCUUCUUUAUUUCCAUUGCAGUACGACAUAACUCCAAUAAUCAACAAUAACAAUAACGUUGAAAUUGUCAAGUUCACGGAAAAAGUUCAAUAUGCCAAGAAAGCCGUGGAAGGAUACGGAGUUUCGCAAAGAUUCCAGUGGCUUCCUGCACUUAUGAAACUUGAAGAUGGUAGAUUUUCCUUUAAAUCUUAUAUUAAUAAUUUGCACCCAAUCAACCACAAAGAUUUGUAUGGUUCAAUUGAAAAUAUUUUCAAUUCUAUCUUACCAGGAUUGAAUUAUACCUUAACGCGUUACGCUUCCAAGGAGUAUCUUCGUGUCCAAGUACCCGUUGGAAGCGCAGCUUAUUCAGAAGAUUACCAUAGGCAGAUUAAUGAAAUGUACGAUCGUUUAGUUGGCGAUGAUGCAGAAUCUGGCCUCGAAGAAAAGCUAGAAGAAUUCGAGAGUGAUAAAUCGGCAUAUGUUUUAGAUAUAAAGCCUAGGUGGGAAGAAAGACCAGAGUUUGAUAAGGUAAUUGAUUUAAAGACUUUUGAAAAUGUGAAAGUUGUUGUUAAGUUAGCAAAUAUUGAAUUGACUCCCGAGCGUCCUUCGUAUAGUGGUGGUUCAUGGCAUGUUGAAGGAACAAUCAAUGAAGAUAUCAUUGCAACUGUAUUGUACUAUUAUGAUAUGGAAAAUAUUACAGAAUCUAAACUUUCUUUUAGAACCGCUUUUGAAGAUCCUGGGUAUGAACAAGGAGAUGCUUUUUAUAAUAUGUAUUUCUAUGGUCUUCAAGAUGAAGAUGUUAUGGUUAGAAAUAUCGGAAGUGUUGAAGCCAAAGAGAACAGGGUUGUUGUUUUCCCUAAUAUGUACCAACAUCAUGUUGAUGCUUUUGAAUUAAAGGACAAAACAAAACCAGGUUACCGAAAGAUUUUAUGCUUUUUUAUUACUGAUCCAUAUAAUUCUAAUGUGGUAAGUACUGAGAAAGUCCCUCCACAACAAAAGGAAUGGUGGAAUGAUGAGGAAUUAAAUUAUCUUUACCCAGGUAAUACUAAGCAAGAUAUUUUACAAUUGAAGCUUGACCUGAUGUGGCCACUAACUAUGGAACACGCUAAAACUGCUAGAAGAGAAUUAAUGACUGAAAGGAGUGCAUAUCAUGACGAGGAUGAUGAGGUAGCUUUCCAAAGACACUUUUCGUUAUGUGAGCAUUGA